AUGUCCAAGUUCGCCGUCCUCACCAGCAUUCUCCUCGCUUCUGUAGCUCUCGCCCGCCCUUCGUCCCGCAUGGGAGACCGCCUCGCUCGCCGUCGCGAAGGCCGUCAGUCGCAGCCUUCUCAACGCAUCUUGAACACUGAGUACAGCGAGAACUGGGCUGGUGCCGUCUACGCUGAGAGCUCGGGCACGUACACCGCCGUGACUGGUACAUUCACCGUCCCCACGCCCUCAGGCGAGGGUGCCGCAUCCGCCUGGGUCGGUAUCGACGGUGAUACGUGCUCGAACGCCAUCCUCCAGACCGGUGUCGACUUCACCGUCUCUGACGGCGAUGUCUCCUACGAUGCUUGGUACGAGUGGUACCCCGACUACGCCUACGAUUUCUCCGGCAUCUCCUUCUCCUCUGGGGACGUCGUCAAGCUCACCGUCACCGCCUCCUCGACCACGUCUGGCACGGCUGUGAUCGAGAACACGACGACUGGAAAGACUGUCACCAAGGAGAUCACCUCUUCUUCCGCACUUUGCCAGGAGAACGCGGAGUGGAUCGUGGAGGACUUCGAGGAGGGCAACUCGCUCGUCGAGUUCGCCGACUUCGGUACGGUCACGUUCACGGACGCGUCCGCGACCACCUCCAGCGGCACUGUAUCGCCCUCGGGUGCGACUGCCAUUGACAUUGAGCAGAACGGCAAGGUGUUGACCUCGGUCAGCAUUGGAAGCGAUGUCACUAUCAAGUACGUCUAA